AAGUGAAGUGGCACGAUUUAGUGUUGUUUUUCGAUACGCGGUCGUCUUGUUUAUGUGGUGUGUGUGUGUAUACGUGUUUGUGUGUACUGUGAAUUAUAAUAACAAAAUUAAAAUAUAAUAUACGUUUCGCGUAGGUACGGCGGAAAAUAAUUUGCAACGUUCGUGUCUUGUAUCAUACAAGUAAAAAAAAAAUUUAAGUAAAAUAAUCGUCUCUCUGUGCCGAACUUUGGUCGGCGUUUUCAUUUACCGUGUGUUAUGGGCGGAACGACGCCGAAUGAUAUUGGUCGGUCUAAAGAAGCGGUGCCGAACGUCUGUUGUUGCUGAACGAAUCCUAGAUUGAACUUUAAAUAUUUAAAAUGAACAGUGUUGGUGCUAUGAGUUCUCCAGUAAAACAACCAUUACCACCUACGGUGUUGGCGCCACCUAAUAUUUCAACCACAACCACCUCGCCAUCCAAAGUACAACCACCGCCAAGUUUAACACCGCUCAACUUGAAUACUACGGCCCAGGCUGCUCAACCCUUAAGCUUGGUGAAUGAACACAAAACUGCACUGACUGUCGUUCCAUCCCCCAUAGUGAAUUCGGUCGAAACAACUGUUCAAAAAUCCUCUUCUUGCAAUGGUGUGUCUGAGGCAAAGACAAUUGAAAAGAAAGCCGCCGAACCACCAAAUGCACAUCAACAAACAACUAAUACGAAUAUAGUCACUUUAAAAAACAUUAUUGAACCGCCGACAGAUGUUAAAAUAACUGCUUCGGUUCCUGCACCUAAAGCCGAAAAUUUAUCUCAAAAGAAAGAAGAAAAAACAACGAUCUUGCCCCCUAAAAAAGCAGACACGGUAUUGCCCAAUGUCAAGGCCCCUGUUAAUGAAGUGGCCAAAUCUGAAAGUGGGUCCGAAUCUACAGUCGUGAAACCAGUAGAGAAUGAGUCCAAAGUAAGCCAAGAACCAACAGAAGCUCAAACUGCAGCAAAAUCUAACCAAGAGCAAGUGUCUUCUGUUACCGUUUCCGCAACACCAGAGAAAAUUGAACAGGGAUUGCCAAACAUUUCAAAAGUCGCAGCGGGAAAACGAAAAAGAGAACACAGACAACUAGAGAGUGAAAAGGAAGAAGUAAAAGACAAAACAUCAAAUAAAGACAACCCAACCGAAGAGAUAAAAUCAAAACGUACUAGGCUUCCUACACAACCUUUCCAAUUGUCUUUACCACCUGAAAUUCAGCUUAUGACAAAAAUUGCAACAAAAUCUGCAUCUUCUUCCAAAAUAAAUAAUGAAAAACUUACUGUCUUUUACAAGAAUGAGUUUUUGGCUGUACGCAAUGAAGAGGGUGGAUUUUACUUGUGUCAAGCCAUGCAAAAUAUACAUAGAGCCAGUCGAAGAAUACGAAUUCGAUGGCUAGCACAAAUUCCUAAUGAUGAAUUUAAACCAGAUUUUUACGACCAUACAGAAUUUGAUUGUAUAUUGACCAACAUAACAUUGAAAAAAGUUCAAAAAGAACAAUGGAAACUUCCAGAAAAAGAAAAGUUGAGAAUUGAAAACAUUCUUAAACGAUCAAUUGAUGUUGAAAAAGGAUCUGAAAAACCUUCAGUAACUGAAGAACAUCCCGAUGGGUUGGAUGUAAGUUUGUAUAAAGAUGAAGCUCAACUCACAAAGAAAAAGAAAAGCAUAACUGUCAAAAGAAAAGUAUCAACAGACGAACAACAACCUGUAAAAAAAUCGUCCAGGUUGUCCAAGAACAGACCGUCCUAUGAUUUCGGACAUUCGUCAUCAGAAAGUGAAGAUGAAGAAAGUGACAAUGACGAUACUAAGGAUAAUAAAUCCAGCAAAACUAAACCUGUACCAAAAAAAGUUGUCAAAAAAAAACCUGCUGUUAAAGAACCACCUAAAAAAUCAACUGGAAAUGUUUCUAAAAAGUCCGUCCCAACCAAAAAAUCUCAAGCGCCCGUGAAGCCUACGUAUGUGCUUGCUUCAGUGUCAUCAGCAUUAAAGAAAAGAGAAAUUAGCGCGACAAAACAAAAGAAGGAAGCCGUAGCAGAAAAGAAACCUUCCAAAAAAGUCGAUCAGAAAUCUCCAGCUGUACCUCUUCCGUCGGAAAGAUCUUCAAAAACUAGAAAUGCUGGAAAUGCAGUCACGGCGAAAAUAACUACAGCUGGUAUUGGAGUGGUAAAAAGCAACUCGAACAGCAAUCUACCUCCUCUUCCUUCGAAGGAUCGUAAAGCAAGGAAUCGAAAAUAACAAACUUCGUUGUAUUACACUUUGUAAGUAAAACAAGUCUACUUCUUUGAACAAUAAGAAUGAAAUCAACUAAACUUUUUUUUUUCUAAAUUAAUAGACUACACUUUUUUUAUGUUCGACAUAUACCAUAUCACGUUUUGUUUUGAUGUGUUAACAAUAGACACAUUCUUGUUUAACUUUUAUAAUUUUAUAUUAUUUUUUUUCGUUUAUUAUGAUUAAUAGAAUUUUUUUUUUUUUUGUAUUUAAGUUUUCAGCAUGGUAAGCAUAUUAAAUAAUUAUGGUAGGUAAUAAACCACCAGCUAUUGAUUAUUAUUAGUCGACCUAAAAAUCAAAAGCUGUUAGGAAAAUUUAAUUUUAAUUUUACAUGUUCAGUUUUAACUAAGAAGGUGUCAAUAAAUGUGUUUAAAUAUUUGGUUGUGACCGCUAGUGUGUGUACGUCUCAUUUUUAAACAAAUUUUUAACCAUAGAUGUUGGUUUAUAUUAUUUAUUAAAAGCAAUAAUCCAAUUUUAUUGCAUCUAUUUUGUGUACUUUUUUACGGUCAUAAUUCAUAAGACAGUGUUUACAUUAUGUAUAUUAAUUUUAGUUUUUAUUAAGAUACUUAAAACGGUAUAAUUGUUGUAAAAUGCUUUUGAGCACAAUAAUUUGUUUUGAAAUAAACUCUGAAAAUCGUA